GGUCCGAUACGCCGCCACCGAAAUCGAGUCCGCGAAGAGCGCCCGCGCCCGCGGCUCUUACCUACGUGUGUCGUUCAAGAACACCCGCGAGACGGCACAGGCCAUCAACGGCUGGAAGUUGCAGCGCGCUCUCACAUACCUCGACAAUGUGCAGAACAAGGCCGAGGCGGUGCCAAUGAGGAGAUAUGCCGGGAGCACUGGCCGUACAGCUCAAGGCAAGCAGUUCGGCGUCAGCAAGGCCCGCUGGCCAGUCAAGUCGGCUGAGUUCCUCUCUUCUCUCUUGAAGAACGCAGAGGCCAACGCCGACACCAAGGGUCUGGACACCUCCAACCUGAUUGUCAAGCACAUCCAGGUCAACCAGGCUCCUAAGCAGCGCCGCCGCACAUACCGUGCCCACGGUCGUAUCAACCCAUACAUGAGCAACCCAUGCCACAUCGAGCUCAUCCUCACCGAGGGCGAGGAGGUCGUGCAAAAGUCGCCAGAGACCGUCGAGCGCAAGAGCCUUCACCUCAACUCCCGCCAGCGCGCUCAGCGCCAGCGCAAGGCCAUCACCGCCGCAUAG